UGCAGGAGUGAGAUUUGAAACGGCCCUUGGAGACGAUAAUAGAAUAACGCCCUGAUUUGGGGAGCAGCAGUUCUCCUCAUUUUUCUACUCUCUUGUGGGAAUGAGUUGCCAACCUUUUACUUCGGCUGAUACCUUUAUGCCUCUGAAUUCCGAGUCUUCAGCAGCUCUGCCCCUGAUCAUGCAUCACAGCGCUGCCGAGUGCCUACCGGUCUCCAACCACGCCACCAACGUGAUGUCCACAGCAACAGGACUUCAUUACUCUGUUCCUUCCUGUCACUAUGGAAACCAGUCAUCAACCUAUGGCGUGAUGGCAGGUAGCUUAACCCCUUGUCUUUAUAAGUUUCCUGACCACACCUUGGGGCAUGGCUUUCCUCCCAUGCACCAGCCUCUCCUGGCAGAGGACCCUGCAGCUGCUGACUUCAAGCAGGAACUCAGGCGGAAAAGUAAAUUGGUUGAAGAGCCCAUAGACAUGGACUCUCCCGAAAUCCGAGAACUUGAAAAGUUUGCCAAUGAAUUUAAAGUGAGAAGAAUUAAGUUAGGAUACACCCAAACGAACGUCGGGGAAGCGCUGGCGGCCGUGCACGGCUCUGAGUUCAGCCAAACAACGAUCUGCCGAUUUGAAAACCUGCAGCUCAGCUUUAAAAAUGCGUGCAAACUGAAAGCAAUCCUAUCCAAAUGGCUGGAGGAGGCUGAGCAAGUAGGAGCUUUGUACAAUGAAAAAGUGGGAGUAAACGAAAGGAAAAGGAAACGGAGAACAACGAUAAGUAUUGCUGCUAAAGACGCUCUGGAGAGACACUUUGGAGAACAGAAUAAACCUUCCUCUCAGGAGAUCAUGCGGAUGGCUGAAGAACUGAAUCUGGAGAAAGAAGUAGUAAGAGUUUGGUUUUGCAACCGAAGGCAAAGAGAAAAACGGGUGAAAACAAGUCUGAAUCAGAGUUUAUUCACUAUUUCUAAGGAGCAUCUUGAAUGCAGAUAAGAUCUCCUAUUGUGUAAUAGCCAACUGAUUCAUUUUCAUUCCUUUCUCUUCUCCAACAAAAAUAGAAAUUAGUUAUUUGGUUGCCUUCAAAACUCAUUUUAUAUCAAUAACUUUCGCAGAAGACUUGCUUUUCUACUUUAAUACAAUUUAAAUUAUGUUGAUGAAUUAUUUUCUUUAAAAUAAUUAUUCUCAGAAGCCACAGUGUACGUUUUAAGCCAAAGUUACUAAUAGGAAUAAAACAAUGAUUGUCUCUCUUUCUCCACACACACACAUGAGUGUGCACAUGGGUCUUUUAGUUUAAAGGUUCAUUUCUCAAAGGCUGUAUAUUAGCUUUUUAAUAUUUCAGUCACUAACGUCACCUAGUUAACAAAUAUCACCAGAGAAGAUCCAAUUAGAAAAUUCCUUCACCAGGGUCCUACUUAUCAUCAGCUCUAAUGGUUUGUUUGAACUAAAACUUUUGCACUUAAGAGCCAGAGGUACCUUAGAAUUGUAUUAUUGCAUUUAGGAAUAGAUCUUAAUCAGAAGUGACACCUUUGAAGCUAAUAUUUAGGGCAUAGCGCCUAGAGUGUUUCAAAAGAGGCUUUUCUGAUGUUUAGCUAUAGAAAAUAUCCGUUAUGAAUUCUUGAGCCCCACACUGCUCCGCUGUCCGCUCUGACAGAGCCAGGAAUUGUCUGGCUAGUUUGCUGAUGCUUCUCCAGUGUCUGGAAAGCAGUUGCUCAUACAGGGCAUGCAGCAUUUGUUAAAGGAAUGAAGGCGUGUGCUGUUAACAGUGGCCUCAAACUUGAAGGGUGCCUAAUUUAAUUACGCAAUUUAUUUUUGAAACCUCACAACUCAGAAUGUCAUCUAGGAUCCUAUGAAAAAAGACUAUCACUUUUGGUUGAAUUGGUUAGAAUAUGAGUUAUUAUUAACAGGAAAGUCUCAUAUAUUGAGCUUUUCAAUUCAGGGAAUCGUAUCUCAAGGGAGAGAUCUAAUUUAUAAGAAUGCACUUCUUGGAAACUCGCAGGUAGAAGCAAACCGUAAUGUGAUAUCAAUAUCAAAAACCGGCCUUAUCUUGCACUUUGAAUGUAAAUCUGCUGGCAAUGUUUAUCUAACUUAUUUUAUACACCAAAAAUGGGAACAAUUAGACCAAAUUUUAUUGUUGAUUUAGAAUGUUCACUAAAUAAAUUAUACUGUCUAGUCGCCUGCUUUUUGUGAUAUUAAUAAAGACCAAGCAUUAUACAGGCCACAGUCUCCGUAGAUCAUACAUGUUUGUGCACACAUAAUCACCAUUAACUGGAUGGCUAGAAACUGACAUAUUAACAAAAAAACCAGUUUUCAGCGGCCUGAUCAUCCAUGCUUAAGCACACGUGUAACACCCAGGAGGUGUUAAAUACAAUGUACUUAUAAUGGCUUUUCUUAUUCAAGAGUAAAUUCCAAAUUAUUCAGCAAUGUGGGUGUAUAAGUGCCUUCUCUGGAUAAUUCCCCUGCUUAACACACACAUUAACUGGGGAAGCGAUUCUCUAGUUUGCAAGAGGCAGGGUAGGAUGUACACACACAUAUACACACAAAAAUACACACAUGCACAUCUUCGAAACUUGCAAAUAGAAGGAAAAUGUAAUGCAAUAUAAAUCUAGAAUAGUGACUUUUUUGCACUUUAAAUAUGAAUCUGCUGGGGAUGUUUAAUCUGCCUUACUUUCUGUAACAAAAACAGCCAUGUAUAUAUCACAUCAUCACCACAAAUUUAUGUUUAGACCAAAAUAUUAUCAGACAUUCAUCCAUUAAGGUCAUUCUUUUCAAGUUUAGAUACAACUAGCAUUGGGAACCAAUGUUUCUCCCUAAAAGGAAUUAUUUUGAAUCAAUACUUACACUUGACAUAGCAGUUCUUUAGUUAUUGCUAUUUUUUAUUCACAAAUUAGUUGCAAAUGCACUGGUAUUUACUAUUAACUCAUUUGUAUUAAUGAGUCUUGAGACUGUAUUUUCUAACUACAUUGAGAUUAAUAUUUCAAUAGAUACUGACCUUUCUAAAAACAGAAAAUGGUUAAUGUUUAGAAUUUUAAACAAAUGACAAAUGUAACUUACUGUGCCGUGUCUAUGUUCAUACUUUUGGGAAUAAACAUCAAAAGGUGACUUUA